AUGAAUUAUUGUUUCAGUCAAAGCCCAAUCAUUUUGUGUUCAGAUGAAUAUCUUCCAGAGACAACAAUAGCAAAGCAGUCGAUGUGCUUAAUGAAGCCAAGUAAUGUAGAAUUAGCAAAUUAUGGAAAAUAAUAUAAUUGCGAUGGAACACCUUUAGUUCUUUAAAGUGGAUUCCAAUCAUUAAUAAAAAUGGAAGUGGAUCUUUAGAAUUAUUUCGUUUGCUACAAAAAAUUCCAAUUACUAUCAUAUGAGGAAGAUUUAGAUUAGGAUGAUAUUGAGGGAAUCUAAUUGAAAAUCAGUGAAAUUUAUAAGUACUAAAUGAAAGACUUAGCAGUCACAUACUUUCAUAAGGAUGUUUGGGAGUAAGCUGAUUUAAAAACAGUGGCAAAUUCAUAUAAUUAGAAUGGAGAAAAUUUAAACAUUUUAGAUUCAGGCGUGAGCAUUUUCUUCGAUCACCUAAAUGAUGAUGAUGUAAACAUUGUAACUUAUCCUGAUUCAAGUCAUAGAUUUUCUUUAAUUGAGUUAAAUGAUGCUUAUGUUAUUGGAAUAAAGGAAUAACCAUUAGAUUAGAAUUAAGUAGAUCUAGCUAGAGGAUAUGUGCAAUUCAAGGUAUUAGCCUAGAUUAAGUACUCUAAAUUGUUUUAUGACAAGCAAAAUCUCAGUAUAAAUUUAAAAAAAUAAGAGUAGCUGGUGAUUGUAAUCCUAAUAGCUUUCAUUCUAAUGAGUGUCCUUCUUUUGAUAGGAAUAUUCAUAUACUGUAAAUUCAUUAAAAGAAACCGUAAAACUUAAAGACAAAUAAGUGGCUAGCAAGAAAAUUUAUCAAUUCCAGAUGGUACAAUUUCUAGUAAUAUAACAGUGUCGAAUAGACAAGAAGAAAUUGGUUAUUCAAUAUAAGAAGGCAAUAAUAACCCGAAUAUUAAUACUUAAAAUCUAGAUGCUAUUGUUGAAUCCCAUAGAUUAGGUAAUUAGAGAGAAAAUGAAAAUAAUGGCAUGAAUGAAUAAGACCUUCAAAAUUUUGACAACCCCAUUCCAAGAUUUUAAAUUGAUUUUAAUCCUUAUGAUAGUGUGAGAAGCACGAGCUUCUUAAAGUAAAACUUGGAUGAGAUAGUAAAUGAAGGAUUGAGAUAGAGCCCUGGUUAAAUAACUAUAACAGAGACAUUAGAAAUUGAUUUAGAUGAUGAUGAUGAUGAAGAAGCUGAAUAGUAGAAUAAAAAAGAAAAUAAUUACUAUUGA